AUGUCUCUCCCAAUUCUGACCUCUGCGCCAGGUAAAGUUAUCAUUUUCGGAGAACAUUCAGCAGUGUUCAAUGAGCCUGCAAUUGCAGCUAGUGUAAGCUCAUUGAGAACAUAUUUAUUGGUGACGGAGGCCGAAACUAGUGAUAUUGUUGAACUAGAUUUUCCGGACAUCGGCCUCGACCAUAAGUGGUCCGCCGCAGAGCUGUCUCAUGUCUCCAUGCCGUCCAAAGUGGUUGCCAUUGAACACUUCAAAAAUCUAAAUCCAGAGCUGAACGCUGCACUUGAACCUCUUUUGAAGUCUCUACACGGAUCCUUGCAGUAUCACGCGGCUUAUUGUUUCUUGUACUUGUAUUUCAGCCUAUGUGGUACUCGCAGAGGUGUCAAAUUCACUGUGAAGUCCAGCUCGCCGAUUGGUGCCGGUCUAGGGUCCAGUGCGUCCAUUUCAGUCUGCUUGGCGCUUGCAAUCGGCAAGUUGGGAGGCCAUUUGAAUUCAAAACCUGAGAAACUGACCAAAUUGGAACUCGACUUUGUCAACAAAUGGUCGUUCAUAGGCGAAAAAUGCAUACACGGUACUCCCUCUGGUAUUGAUAAUGCCGUGGCUACUUACGGCAACGCAGUUUUGUUUCAAAGGCAGGCUAAUGCAGAGACAAAAUCUGAGCAGAUUUUGGACUUUCCUCAAAUUCCCAUGAUUUUGACCAAUACCAAGAUUCCGCGUUCCACUAAAGUACUAGUAGCUGGUGUCAAGGACUUGAUUACUCGACAGCCAGAAAUAGUCAGCCCAAUCUUGAAAUCUAUGGGUCAAUUGGCUUCGCGUGGUGCCAAAAUCCUAGCUGACCUAGACGACUCAAACUACGCUGAUCUGUGCGAGCUAAUACGGAUUAAUCACGGGUUGUUAGUUUCGCUUGGUGUGUCGCAUCCGGGGCUGGAAAUUAUCAAAGCUCUUGGUGACUCUAUGUCUAUAGGAACCACGAAGCUUACGGGCGCUGGCGGUGGAGGCUGUGCCCUCACAAUCUUGAAUCGCGACGCUUCUCCUGAAGACGUUGAGAAAUUCAAAAGCAUCUUAGAAAAUGAGCACAAGUAUAAAACAUAUAUGACGGGAUUGGGAGGACCUGGUUGUGCGUUCAUGUCAUCCGAAGAAAUUAAAGAAAACCUCCCCGUCAUCGAAUCUCUUUUCAGAAAGCAGUCAAGUGUCUCAGACCUCAACAAUACCCUGCUACCUGGAAAAACCAACUUGAAGUGGGUUCACUGA